AUCUUUAAAUAGACUAAUGAAGCGGAUCAAGAAAUUUGGCCUGAACAGUUUCCUGACUGUGAACACACUUAUCAGCCAAGACUUGGUAAUCUGUUAGAAAAUUCUUUUGAGGAAAUGGAAAACUACUCAGAUUUAUUACCAAGUGACAAGAAAUGCUUCUUCACAUGUGAGGGAUCGUUAACCACGCCCCCUUGUUCUGAAACAGUCACAUGGAUUGCGAUGAAGUGUCCUAUCACCGUCUCAAAAACAGCUACGGAGAAGCUCAAGAGUCUAAAAAUUUCGACUAGCGACGAAGACCUGGGACUCCAUGGUAAUAGACGCCCGGUGAAAAGAGGUAGAAGGAAAACAGGAUUCACAUUGCUGAAAAAUUUCCUCUAAUU